AUGCGCCUCUCCACAUACAAUGCUCCAGCAAUCUUUGAACCUGGUGUGACACAUGAUGCUCCUGACCCCAUAUCAUAUCAACACAACCACGGUUCAACCGACAGUUCACAUUCGCCGAAAAGUGAACAAUCAGAUCAGGUCGCAACAAAUCAGUAUGGCAUAGGCCAUGGACAAUCAAAAUCUUCAACCCAACCACGAAGUUCAUCACAGACACCGAUUAUAACGAAUGAUAAAAUGAAGAAGGUCGCCUAUGUGCGAAAAGCUGAUCCCAAGCUUGUCGCCAUGGCGGCUGAGAGAGUCAACCGAGAAAUCUUAAACAAGGGUAGACAUUUGACUGAUCGCGGGUUAUACCUGGCGCUUUCAAUGCGAAUGAAUUCACUCUACAUGCGCGAGCUAGGUCUCCGUCAAUGGAAAGAGGCAUAUGGAGCAAUUCACAAGGCCAAGACACAUGGCCGUGAGGUCUUGCACAAAUCUGCAUUGCCAAAGCUGAGAGAAGAUGGCGAGCAACUGCUAGCCUUGCUUCUCGAAGACUGUCAAGGCAAGUUUCGAGAGGCAUGGCUGGCAAUGACCCGCCCUAACAGGGCUUGGGCCUGGCAACGCCUGGCCAUUUGGCUUCUGCAAAAUAACCCGGCAAUGGCCUUGGAGUUUUUACUCGUCACAACUGAGCCACGAGAUAAGCCAGAUUUAACUAUGGUUGUUGAUUGCUUGACUUACUUGGAAAGAUUUCAUUAUGAAGAGCUCCGGGAUUGGACAAAAGGUGCCCACACAUUCGAAUCGGUUGUUGCAACUUCCCUGGAUCCAAAGGACUGGCCAAUUAUCUCCCCGCCACAAAGGGGUAUACGGUUCUAUAUUCGCCGAGCAGGCUUCUUAGGUGUCUACGAGAGUUUCCGUUUAAUGAACGAGCGAGGCGUCACGAUGGAAGCGCAAACAGCACUUUGCUACAUGUACCGAUUCACACAGCUGAACGACGUGGAAUAUGCCCUUAGGGCUCUCGAAUUCAUUCCCAAAAUCAAUGACCCUGAAUUUUCAAUGGACUCUGAAGGAGUCUUACGGCAUUGUUGCAAGCUCCUGACCCUGGACACUGUUGAGGAUAACGCCAGCGGACGAAAUUUCCGGAUCCUCCCACGGCUUCUCAAAAUGGGUGUUCAGCCAGACCGAGACAUGAUGAAUCUCGUGCUCGCCAAUGCUUACAAAACCGGUGAUCCUCAAUUGGGGUCGGACAUGCUUCAGUUCAUGAAGAAUCACCACCACGAAUUCGAUUCUUAUACAUAUUUGACUCUCCUCACGGAUGCGGUGUCUCGAGGCGACCGGGGUCGUGUGGACGAGUUGGUGCGGGAAGUCGAGAUGCAAGAGGAAUUACGAAACAACCCAUACAUUUUCAGCAAAAUCUUCCAUGCUCAUUUCACUUUUACCGCCAAGCAUAUUGAUCCCGAGAGCGAUCCCUCGGGAGUUUUCUACUCUAUGCUCGACAUGUACAACAAAAUCCACGACAUCACACCGCUCAAAGAACUCCUUCUACUCCCUCCCUCAUACUCACCGCCGCCAAGUCAAGGACUUGAAGUGAAAACCCCACCAUCUCCAGUAUCUUUGUUCCUCAUGAUCGCAACAUUCUUCCGUUGUAGGAAUCGGAUAUCACAAGUCCAUCACAUGUAUGACAGAUUCCGCGAGCUCGUGCAGCAGGGCCAUCCAUCCAUCGCUCCUCUGGUCGAGACCGACCACGUCUAUAAUGAAUUCCUCAUCGCCUUCCGCAAAAGCAGCCGUGGACUACGGUCAAGCAUACGUCUCGUCGAAGACAUGCUUGACACCUCUACCAUACCAAAAGAAACUAUUGCUGGCAAACCUCUCAAGCACAUCGCACCCACGCAUCGUACUUGGACCAUCCUCCUCAGUGCCUUCAAUUACAGUCGCCAGCCCGAUGCCGCCGAGAAAGUCAAGGAGAUGAUGGCCAAGCACAAUGUGGAGUACAACCAGGUGACUUGGAACACCAUCAUCAAUGGAUUCGCCAAUGCGCAGGCCAUCCCUGAAACUGCUAGUGCAAUCACGAAGAUGGAAAAGGAAGGCUUUGCCAUCGACCAUUACACGAUGAAGAGUUUGCGUUAUCUCCGCGACCCCGAACGCCUCUGGGUGGCGAUCGAGGAGAUGGAUGAGGGCCUUAAUUCGGAUGGAACCAAUAAGCUUCUCACCCUCGAGCCCGCAUCCGAUGUUCACAGUGAUCAGAAGGUGCACGACGAGCUCAUUGACAAUGGGUUAGAGAAGUUGGAGUCAAAGUUGAAGCCUAAGAUGUAA